AUGCGCCUGCUCAAAGGCCUCGUACUUGGUCUGCUCCUCGAGAGAGGCCUCAGUCAGACAGAACCUCAGCCCGAAGGUGACAGCAUCGCUACUGUUGCCGACCCUGCGGAGACAGAUCCCGCAGAUGUGCCUGCUCCUGACCCUAGUAACCCAUCAGAUGGCGACACUCCUUCAGAUACCCCAGACCCAGUGGAUGAUGGACCAACAGUCAUAGUAGAUGACCCUCAGCCCACUGACGGCGACGGAUCCGAUGCCAGAAUCCCCGCUUGA